GAGCGCAAGGCGAGGUGGUCCGGAAGGGAGCGAGAGCGAAACUGACGUGGAUGGAAGAGGAAGAUACUGAUACUGAGAGAGAAAAGAAAGAACGAGAUUUCAGGAAUAUUACUUUCAAGGAAGAGAGAGCGACGUGAAGAAAGACAUAUAUAUGGUAAAAUAACAUCCUGCUUUGACUGAAAACAAGAAAACCUAAUUGAGAGCGGGACUGAACUCGGGGACCUAAAGCUGGUCAUUGGAGAAAUUUGAAAAACGGAAUUCAUUCUGUGGUGUUUUUACAGCUUUAACCGUUUUAAUUCCUCUCGAAUCCGGAGAAGUACAUUUCAUCCAGCGCUCGCCCCAGAGUUGUUGUCCUCGCGCCUCCAUGUAUAAAAUGGAUUACUCCUACCUGAACUCAUAUGACUCGUGCAUGGCGGCCAUGGAGGCAUCGGCCUACGCGGACUUCAGCUCGUGCAGUCAGGCCAGCUCGUUCCAGUACAACCCGAUCCGGACCGGGUUCGGUGCCAACCCGGGAUGCGCACCUCUGAGCACCGCUAGCUGCACACUGGGGUCCCUUCGGGAGCACCAGCCCACACCCUACUCCACAGUUCCAUAUAAGUUCUUCUCCGACCCAUCCGGUUUAAACGAGAAGCGGAAACAGCGGCGCAUAAGGACCACCUUCACGAGCUCACAGCUGAAGGAGCUGGAGCGCGUGUUCGCGGAGACUCACUAUCCCGACAUCUACACGCGCGAGGAGCUUGCGCUCAAGAUCGACCUUACUGAGGCGCGGGUGCAGGUGUGGUUCCAGAACCGGAGGGCUAAGUUCCGUAAGGUGGAGCGUGCGGCCAACUCUAAAUCCAAUGGGACUGGGGGCCCAGGAGGGAACAAUGGCAAUGCUGGGGGGAAAAAGGGUGAGCCCAGAUCUUCCUCAGAUGAUGACGAAUCAAAAGAGUCCACCUGCAGUCCCACCCCUGACAGCACUGCCUCGCUGCCCGGCUCAGCCAAUGGGAACAUGGGUAGCCCUGCCAGCCUCAGCCCCAGCCCCGCCCCUGCUAAUGGUGGCUACGCCAACACCUCCAGCUCCCCCGUUCUACAGGGGCUCAAAUCCCCUGGCUGGCCCAGCCUAGGCCCCGCCCACCCAGGAAUGGCCCAACCCGCAGCCCAAGCUCCAGAGCUGCUGAAGGCGUGGCAGCCUGCAGACAGUAUGACAGGGCCUUUCGCUGGCGUGCUCUCCUCCUUCCACCGGAAACCCAAUGCUCUCAAGACUAACCUGUACUAGAGACAAGGAGCAGAGAUCUCUAGUAUAAUUACUGUAUAUCUAUACAGACUAACCUGUACUAGAGACAAGGAGCAGAGAUCUCUAGUAUAAUUACUGUAUAUCUAUACAGACUAACCUGUACUAGAGACAAGGAGCAGAGAUCUCUAGUAUAAUUACUGUAUAUCUAUACAGACUAACCUGUACUAGAGACAAGGAGCAGAGAUCUCUAGUAUAACUACUGUAUAUCUAUACUCUCCUUCCCCCUCUAUCUACUGCCCCCCGGACUCUCUAAGUGACAGUUGUAGUUUGUGAAUAUGUGUUUGUGUUGAAGUGUGUGUAACAUGCAUCUCAUACGGGGUGUGUGAGUGUCAGUUGUUCUGUAUGUUCUCACUCCAACAAAGCCCCCCCCCCCAACACACACACACACACUAUACACAGUCCAAAAGGCAUUAGCAGACAUUGUGCACUUAGUAACACUAGUUCCUAGUCCCUGUACCUCCUGAUUAGUAACACUAGUUCCUAGCCCCUGUACCUCCUGAUUAGUAACACUAGUUCCUAGCCCCUGUACCUCCUGAUUAGUAACACUAGUUCCUAGCCCCUGUACCUCCUGAUUAGUAACACUAGUUCCUAGUCCCUGUACCUCCUGAUUAGUAACACUAGUUCCUAGCCCCUGUACCUCCUGAUUAGUAACACUAGUUCCUAGCCCCUGUACCUCCUGAUUAGUAACACUAGUUCCUAGCCCCUGUACCUCCUGAUUAGUAACACUAGUUCCUAGCCCCUGUACCUCCUGAUUAGUAACACUAGCUCCUAGCCCCUAUACCUCCUGAUUAGUAACACUAGUUCCUAGCCCCUAUACCUCCUGAUUAGUAACACUAGUUCCUAGCCCCUAUACCUCCUGAUUAGUAACACUAGUUCCUAGCCCCUGUACCUCCUGAUUAGUAACACUAGUUCCUAGCCCCUGUACCUCCUGAUUAGUAACACUAGUUCCUAGCCCCUGUACCUCCUGAUUAGUAACACUAGUUCCUAGCCCCUGUACCUCCUGAUUAGUAACACUAGUUCCUAGCCCCUGUACCUCCUGAUUAGUAACACUAGUUCCUAGCCCCUGUACCUCCUGAUUAGUAACACUAGUUCCUAGCCCCUGUACCUCCUGAUUAG